AUGGAAACCAGUAAGCUAGUGAGUACUCCGCUAGUUCAAAACCAGAAAUUGUCCAAGUCAGAUGGAGGAGAAGAAGCUGAUGCUUCCAAUUUCAGAAGUCUAGUUGGAAGCCUACUAUAUCUAAUAGCUACCAGGCCUGAUUUGCCAUUUGCUACUAGUGUUUUAUCUCGGUUUAUGCAAGCACCAGGGGAAAAUCAUUUGAUAGCAGCCAAAAGAGUGCUUAGGUAUGUUAAGGGAAGUUUGGAUCACCCAACCCAAUUCAAGCUAGUCGAAGAUGGGAAGUUAAAUGGUUAUGUUGAUAGUGAUUGGGCAGGAUGUCCACACGAUUUGAAAAGCACAAUUGAUUACAUGUUUUCAUUAGGUUAUGGAAUUUAUUCUUGGAUAUCCAGAAAGCAAGAUGUGGUCGCUUAG